AUGCUCCCGUCGAAAUUCGAAAAAUUACCCGAUGAAAUUAUUCUUGAAAUUUGUCUUUACCUGAGGCCAUUUGAAAUUAUUAAUGGAUUUGGACAACUUAAUACACGUCUAAAUCGAACAAUUAGUCAAUUUCGACGUAAUGCAGAUAUUCACCAUUUAACCUUUGAUCAGUAUCAACGGUGGUAUUCGCAUCUCUUACCUGAUACAGCAGAAUAUAUCAUAAAUUUAGUUUUAAGUAAUUGGAAUUCACCAGGACAAAUUUGUCGGUUUAAUAAAUCAACAGAAAACUAUACUUCACUUUAUAAUUUAUUGCCCAAUCUAAAACAAUUGCGAUUAAUUGAUUUUAGUAAUGAAGAUAUUGAUAUUCUUCCAAAGUUAGCCAUGAUUGAUAAAAUACUAAUCGAUAUUGAUGGAUUAAAACCACUACUACAAACAACAAAACAUCUGCUCGAUUAUUACCUUUUCUGUUCAUCUUUUUCGUUUAAAGAAAUACGUCUUUGGAUUGGUGAAGGUGGUAUUAGAUUACAACAUAGUGCAAAAUUACGAGUAAAUCCAUGUCUUGAACAAUUGACAAUCGUUGUAGCACACGUCGAUGAUCUUAUUUUACUCUUUAAACGUGCACCAAAUCUUAUUAAACUCUAUGUAGAAAUUAGUGCAUUUUCAUCGAGUAAAUCCUAUGAAUAUGUAACUUAUGCAAUAAUGCCAAAAAAAUUAAUAGAUUUUCAUAUUCAAACCAAUGCUCAAAAAGCUCUCACAUUUGAAGGCCUAUUCAUAAUUAUGAUACAUAUACCAACCAUUAAACGUCUUUCAUUUGAUAUUGAAACUUAUGAUAUAGAUUAUGGCGAUGGUCUUUGUUGGCUGUUAUUAAUAUCACGUUUACCUAAUUUAAAAAGUUUAUGUUUUAGAAUACGUAUUUGGAUAGGAACAGGAAUUAAAUCCAUCGAUAUCAAUCCAUUUAUUGAAUCAUUCGAACGAGCAAACUUACCGAUUGUUUGUUAUGCUGACAAACGAGUUAUUUAUAUUGAUACAAUUCCAUAUGAUAUGCAUGAAUUCAAAACAAAUACGUGCGUAACAACUUCGCCUACAGUUAAAUAUGCUAAAACAACAGACGAAGAAUUAUAUCGAAGACGUCCUCAUGGUGUACAAUCACUUUUAUUAUGUACGCGACAUGAACAAACAUCGAUAGAUGAUUGGUUAUACGUGUUAAAUCGUUUUCCAUAUAUUCGAGCUCUUGAGCUAACGGCCGUGAAUAUCAUUGAGCAAACAAAUCUCAAUGAACAAUUACGUUUACCUCGUCUUAUCGCAUUGAGAUAUGUUCGAUCUACACGAUGUGAAAUAAAUAUACCAUUUUUCCUAUUAUUAGUAGCGAAUAGUAACGUAAGUCCUGCUCUUCGCGCUUUAACAGUUAUGUACGGCGAUAUAAUUCAUCUAUGUAAACGUUUAUCGAACUUUACUUUUCAUCGGUUACAAGAACUUUGGCUAUUCGGUAGUGAUACAGAUGGUCGUAUUAUUGUAAAAGAUAUUGAUUUAUUACUCAGUGCAUUUCCAAAUCUACAUCAUCUUUCGUUUGUAAUGCAUUCAAGUAGAUGUUUGAAUAGAAAUCUUGAAAAAAUUAUUGAAAUGAUUCUUCUAACAUUACCAAAUCUAAUUAGUUUUCGACUUAUUUGUAGACGAGGUUCAUUGCAGCUACCUAUAUUAGGUGAUAAUGAUAAACGCAAAAUUUGGAUUAGACGAGUAUGUGGUUUAAAUGAUAAUGAAGAAAUCUAUUGGGUAAUCAAUAAAAAAGAAAUAUCAAUUUGGAAAUAA